GUGACAAAAACAAGACAAAAAGUACAUGAUAUUGUGCUCGCCCGCUAUAAUCAUUAACCAAAUGUACGCGCCGCCAUUGUUUCUGCCGGAGACCAUAAAGCGUUUAGCCGGAACUAAAAACCUUAAGCUGGGCAAAGUAAUUCACGCACAUUUGAUCGUAUCCAAACAACCCCAUCAUGAUAAUCUUCUCGAAACUAAUGCUCUCAUCAAUCUUUACUCCAAAUGUUCAAAUCUUGACUAUGCCCACAAACUGUUUGAUAAAAUGCCUCAAAGAACUGUAGUUUCUUGGAGUGCUUUAAUGUCUGGUUUUUUCCAAAAUGGGUUCGAUUUUAAUGUUCUUAACUUGUUUAAAUCAAUGGUUUCUGAAGAGGGUAUGUGUCAACCUAAUGAGUAUAUAUUUUCAAGUGUUCUUUCGUCGUGUUCUAAUAUCGGGGAUAGUUGGUUAGGGAAGCAGUGUCAUGGGUAUGUGUUGAAAACAGGUUUAGUGUUUCAUCAAUAUGUGAACAAUGCGGUUGUACGGUUUUAUUCUGUGUUGUCAGAUGUUGUAGGGGCUUUGGAGGUUUUGAGGUCGGUUCCUGGUUCGGAUACUUGUACUUAUAACUUGAUUUUAAAUGGACUUAUUGAAAUUGGGAACUUGAAUGAAGUGUUGGGUAUUUUGCGGAGAAUGGUAGAUGAAGGUGUAGCUUGGAAUAAGGCUACUUAUAUUAGUAGUAUGGGACUUUGUGCCCGGUUUAAAGAUUUGAGGUUGGGACGUGAAGUUCAUUGUCAGAUUGUGAAGAGUGAUGUUGAAUUUGAUGUGUUCGUAUGUAGUGCGAUUGUGGAUAUGUAUGGGAAAUGUAGAGAUGUUUUGAGUGCUGGGAAAGUUUUUCAUAUGUCUCAAGAUCGAAAUGUGGUGUCAUGGACGGCAAUGUUGGCUGCUUACUCCCAACAUGGGUGCUUCGAAGAGGUGUUAAAGUUAUUUAUAGACAUGCAAUGUGAGGGUUUUGCCCCAAACGACUCUACAUUUUGUGUAUUAUUAAAGGCUAGUGGUGGUUUGUCGACUAUAGGAUAUGGAUAUUCAUUGCAUGCACUUGUAGAGAAAACAGGGUUUAAGGGUCAUAAGAAUGUUGGGAAUGCUUUGAUCGAUAUGUACUCAAGGAGUGGUGACAUUGACGCUGCAAGGAAGAUAUUUGAGAGUAUGACUAAUCGUGAUAUUGUUACAUGGAAUACAAUGAUAAAUGGAUAUUCGCAUCAUGGUCUUGGUAAAAAGUCAUUGGAUUUAUUUCAAGAAAUGUUGAAAAUGGAUGAAGAUCCUAAUCACGUGACCUUUGUUGGUGUUCUCACAGCUUGUGGACAUCUGGGGGAUGUCGAAUCAGGGUUCUACUUUCUAAACCAGUUAAUGAAAGAAAAGGGUAUUGAACCUAGUGUAGAGCAUUAUACUUCUAUUGUCGGACUUCUAUGCAAGGCUGGACAACUGAAUGAAGCUAAAAUUUUUAUGCUAUCAAUGCCAAUCAAAUGGGAUGCUGUUGCAUGGCGUACCUUGCUAAAUGCUUGUAAUGUUCAUAGAAAUUAUACUCUUGGCAUUGAGAUUGGGAAUACUAUUAUGGAUCUGGACCCUAAAGAUGUGGGAACGUAUACCCUUCUGUCCAAUAUGCAUGCUAAGGCUAAUAAGUGGGGCGGAGUUUCUAAAAUCCGUAACUUGAUGAGAAGCAGGAAGAUAAAAAAAGAGCCGGGAUUGAGUUGGUUGGAGAUCAAGAAUCAAACACAUGUAUUUGUUUCGGAUGACAAUAAACACCCCGACUUUGUUGAGAUUCAAGAAAAGUUGAAGGAAUUGUUUGGUAAGAUUAAAGAAUGUGGUUACGUGGUCGAUACUUCUAAUGUGCAAUACGAUAUUGAAGAAGAACAGAAGGAAGAUUCUGUUGGUUAUCAUAGUGAGAAGCUUGCAGUAGCAUAUGCACUAUUGAGAACACAUGAAGGGGCACCAAUUCGCAUCCUAAAGAACUUAAGGAUUUGUGAUGAUUGUCACUCUGCUAUGAAGUUAAUCUCAAAAGUUACGAACAGGGUGAUAACUAUAAGAGACGCUAAGCGUUUCCAUUGUUUUCAAGACGGCAGUUGCUCAUGUGUAGAUUACUGGUGACUAAAUUGUUUACAUCACUUGCGGGUAGUGUGACUUGUGGCCAUUAAUGGAGUUAUUUUUUGGUACUCAAUAUAUGCUGCCGUAAGAUUUAGAGAUUAAUUUCUAUGAUGUUUAUAAAUUAGAGCACCAGAUGACUUUUCGGUUUCUCAAUCCGACUUUAGCGAGCCUCAACAUGUAGCUCUGUAUCUUCUGAUACUAAUGAUGGAUACAAUUGGAGAAAGUAUGGGCCGAAAUAGGUAAAAGUCAGUGAGCAUCCUCGAAGCUAGUAUAAAUGCACACAUGCUAACGGUCCCGUGAAGAAAAAGGUUGGUCGAUCUCUUGAUGGUCAUGUAAGUGAGAUUGUAUAUAAAGGUCAGCACAAUCAUGAACCGCUUGUGCUUGGCAAACAUGGAAAACAUAGCGCUGAAGUAAACAUACCUAUUCAUUCUUAAAUGGAAAAGCAUGUGGGAGAAGAACCAGCAGGUGCACGUGGUCAAGCAUCGAACCAGAUGACGAUUGUUGAUCAAGGAUCUAGUUACUUAAUGAGAACGGAUCAAGGGUCUAAUCAAUUAACGAGAACUGAUGAGCCAGAUGGUGAACCUAAUCCGAAAAGAAGUAUGUGGCAAACUUGUGAUGGUGGCCUCAUGUAGUUUGGUUCUGGAUCAUCUGCUGCUACCACUGUCCCAUAAAUGUGUUUGCCUAAAUUUCUUGUGCGUUAUCAUAUGUAUAUCUAUGUUACAUCUGAUGGUUUGUGUGUUGGUUUACUGAUUUAAUUUAUGGACUGCACGAAUACCGAGGUUAGGGGUCUGUAUCUGUGCCUGUGAUUGUAUCUAUGCCCGGGCACGUGGACUCAAGCUUAGCUAACAAGAUGGUCUCUGAACCAAAUAUAGUGGUGCAGACAAGAAGUGAAGUGGAUCUUUUAAAUGAUGGGUUCAAGUGGAUAAAAUACAGGCAGAAAGUGGUCAAAGGGAAUACUAAUCCAAGGAGUUAUUAGAAAUGCACUUUAGGGGGGUUUUCGAGAGUCCUGCAUGGAUUUCAUCCCAGACAUGCGUGGUUCGAGCUCCGCAUAUGGCCCAAUUGGAAGUCAUUGUGGUGUCUCGAAUGCUAACUACUAACAACUAACUCGUUUUUUUUUAUAAAAAAAAAAAAAUAGAAAUGCAAUUUUGCAGGAUGCAAUGUGAGAAAGCAUGUAGAAAAGGGCUCCAUCAGACCCGAAAUCUGUAGUAACAAGUAACAACGUAUGAAGGGAAACAUAAUCAUGAUAUUUCAGUAUCCAGGCUACAAUAAAAACAAUGUUGGGGAUACAUCUACAAAACGCAAAGAAAAUUAGUUAGAAAAUAAUGAAAGGCCGGUUCUUGUACAAAUACCUAAAGUGUGAAUGUGGUUUAUGAAAUGGAUGUUAUUUCAAGCUCAUAUUGUUGCUAAUAGAAUUGGUACAUUUUGGAUAAAGUCUCUAUUUCUUAUUUCUUUUAUUUGAAUGUAUGUGGAAAUAUUAAAUAUAUAUGUACAACCGUUAUGUUGGCUGUA